GGUAAAGUAGAAAUCUCAAACAUAACCUAAAAGGACAACUUAGGAUUUGUUUAUCAAAAAACCUAAAAAAUGAAAAAAAAUCAGCGUGAUGAAGAUGUCCCGGAAGAGUUUUCAGUUGAAAAGGUUUUAGAUAAACGUAUAACAAACGGUAAAAUCGAAUAUUUCUUAAAAUGGAAAGGUUAUUCUGAUGAAGAUAAUACUUGGGAGCCAGAAGAAAAUUUGGAUUGUCCCGAAUUAAUUUUAGAAUACGAAACUACUUUGAAUCCAAUAAAUGAUUUUAAAGACGAUAUUAUAGAAAAACGUAAAAACAUAACUGAAGAUAAUCGUCCGAGGGGAUUUGAUAGAGGAUUAGAUCCAGAUAAAAUCGUUGGGGCAACCGAUGCAAGUGGUGAAUUAAUGUUUUUAAUGAUGUGGAAAGAUUGUAAAGAGGCGGAUUUGGUGCCAGCAAGACAAGCUAAUAUUCGUUGCCCCAAUGUGGUUAUUGAUUUUUAUCAAAACAAAGAACCAUGGACGAAAAUGAUAAAAUCAAAAAAAGAAAAGAUUGUGGAGGAAAUUGAAUUAUCAGAUUAAUCUUAUUUAAUAAGUCUUAAUAAAGAAAACAUUAAUUAAUUAA